UCUGCACCAUGAUUUAUUGAUUUAAGUAUAAAAUUCACUACUAAAUUCACAAAACUCAACUCCAAUCAGAUCUCCAUCUCUUCUAAUUCCAUCCAAACAAUCAGUAGUUCUGAUAUCAUAAAACAACUGGGUUCUGCUCUUUAGAGCAUUACCAUUUAUACCAUAAUCAUGGGGUGCUCGUUUUCUGGACUGAACGCCCUAUAUGAUGCCGUGAAUGGUGGGUCUGAUGUUUGGAUCAACGACAACCGUUUUAAGGUUGUCCGACAGCUCGGCGAAGGUGGUUUUGCAUACGUUUUCCUUGUCAAAGAGGUCAUCACCGAUGCCACUGCCGGUGCCGGUGUUUCCAAGAAUUUUAAAGACCCAUCUCAUAUCGCCGAGGAUGGAACUUAUGCAAUGAAGAAAGUUUUGAUUCAGAAUAAUGACCAGUUGGAGUUGGUGAAGGAAGAGAUCCGAGUAUCAUCUCUGUUUUGUCAUCGGAAUCUGUUGCCAUUGCUUGAUCAUGCUAUUGUUCCUGUAAAGGGCACACCAGAACAAACUUGGACGCAUGAAGCAUACCUGUUAUUUCCAGUACAUUUAGAUGGGACCUUGCUGGACAACACGACAACAAUGAAGUCAAGAAAGGAGUUCUUUUCUACAUCUGAUGUUCUUCAAAUUUUCAGACAGCUUUGUGCAGGGCUUGAGCACUUGCAUUCUCUUGAGCCUCCAUACGCUCAUAAUGAUGUCAAACCAGGAAAUGUACUUCUAACACAUCGUAAAGGACAACCUCCUCUGGCGAUACUAAUGGAUUUUGGAAGUGCUCGUCCUGCUAGAAGGCAAAUCCGCUCUCGAUCAGAGGCACUCCAACUGCAGGAGUGGGCAUCAGAACAUGUUUCAGCACCCUUUCGAGCUCCUGAAUUGUGGGACUGCCCCAGCCAAACAGACAUUGAUGAACGAACUGAUGUAUGGUCACUAGGAUGUACUCUGUUUGCCAUAAUGUAUGGUGCAUCUCCGUUUGAGUAUGCAUUAGGGGAAUCAGGAGGAAGCUUGCAAUUGGCAAUUUUAAAUGGACAGAUAAAGUGGCCAGCAGGUCCAAGACCACCUUAUCCAGAGGCUCUUCAUCAGUUUGUAUCAUGGAUGCUCCAGCCUCAAGCCACAGUUCGACCACGUAUAGAUGACAUCAUCAUUCAUGUCGAUAAGUUGAUAUCAAAGUUCUCUGUUUAAACCAUAGUUGAUUACUUAGUUUUUAGAUGACAGCUUAUAUAAAGCAUAUUGAGUGACCAUUGCCCUUAUUAUACAUGUGUUAUUGCUAGAUUAUAGAUAUUAAAUAGUUGUGAAUGUAUUGUUUCAAUUGGAAGGGGAAGUCUUGUGGUUUGUGAUUGUUAUUAUGAACAUAAAUAAUAGAGUUUUUUUUUUUUUUUUUUA